AGUUUUCUACAUGAAAAUAUGAUCGUCCACACAGAACGUCCAUGGGUUUCAACCUUCAUCAAAAGGCAAAUUCACUUGGAUUGAGUAUAAUGGACAGGCAGUGGCGGACUCUACACUGUGCAUCGAGUUCCUCAACAAGAAGCUGGGAGUGGACCUCAACAGGAACCUGAGUCCUGCUGACAGAGGAGUAGCUCAGGCGAUGCAGACCAUGGUGGAGGAUCAUCUAUACUGGUUCCUUGUCCUCUUCCGAUGGCAAUAUGACAACGACAAAUCUUUGAUGCUGAAUGCUUUUAAAAUAGGCAAGUUUACGUUUUGGAUGUUUCAACGACAAGUAAAAAAGCAAAUAUGGAGUCAAGGCUUGGGCCGACACACAGAAGAGGAGGGAACAGAAAUGUUUAAGAAGGAUCUACAAUCCCUGUCGGACUUCAUAGGGACCAAGAAGUUCCUGAUGGGGGACCAGCCCUGUGAGACGGACUGUGCGGUGUUCGGUAUGCUGUCAGAGUUCUACUGGCAGUUCAUGGGCACUGGACACAAGGACAUCCUCAAGGACAAAUACCCCAACCUGGCCGUCUACUGUGAACGUAUGAAGGAAAUGUUCUGGCCCGACUGGGACCAGUGCAUCACACAUGGUGGAACGAGGAAGACAACCAAGUAGUAACUUUUCCAGAGUGCUGUACUGACAGUUUUGGUAUAAUAUGAAUCAUUUGCUUGUUCUUCCAAAGUCUGUUGAUAUACUUUGGUUGUGAAAGGAGUUCAGAUUCUCUUUCGUGCACCAGUGAGUGAGUGUCUGACCUUGAUUGCGUGCGUGCGUGCGUGCGUGCGUGCGUGCGUGCGUGCGUGCGUGUUGAGGGCUAAGAGAAGUCGGUAGUUCUGAGACUGGUCGGGCUUCUAAUUGUACUUCAAUUAUAUAGUGUUGCCAUUCUUUUGUCCCUCACAGUAAAAAUUAAAUAUUACCUAAAGCAACGCUACACAUACUGAUUUACUACCUCCAUCUUCUUGGCAUGUCAGUAAUGUAUAUUGUGUGUCUUUGAAAUGAAAAUAGCUUUGUUUAAAAAAAAAUUGUAU